AUGGAUAACCCCACCAAGGCCCAGAUGUGGUUAACCUCAUUAGAGACCAUCUUCCGGUACAUGAAGUGCCCUAAUGACCAGAAGUUCAAGGAGAGCAUCUGUGCUAAGUUCUUCUUUGCCAACGUGAGGUACGCUAAGCAGCAAAAGUUCCUGAACCUAGAGCAAGGCGACAUGACUAUGGAGCAGUAUGAUGCAGAGUUUGAUAUGCUAUCCCAUUUUGCUCCCGAUGUAGUGAAGAAUGAGGCUACUCGGACCGAGAAGCCAACCACCCAUGCUGAUGCACUACGUCUGGCCCUAGACUUGAGUCUGCACGAGAAAGCUAUUUCGUCCAAGGCUGUAGGAAGAGGAACAACCCCAGGUCAAAAAAGGAUGGCUGAGUUGCAGCCUACUGUAGCACCACAGAGGAACCUGAGGCCAGGAGGUCUUUUCCAACGGCAUCGCCAGAAGCUUGCUACUGCAGGAAAGACUAUGAGAGAACUACCUGCGUAUCAGAGCUGUGGGAGAUAUCAUGGAGGUCGUUGCUUGGCAAGAAAUGGAGUUUGCUUCAGGUGCAAGCAACCAGGGCAUAUAGUCGACUUUUGCCCUCAGAAACUGCUUGAGACUACUUCGAACUAG